UCCGCGGGCACGCUCCACCACACACGCAGAGCGUAGGUUGCACAUGUACUUUUCGGUGCCUCGCCAUUGCCAUCAGUUGGCCCUCCUCUCCCUUCGCUCAAGUGCUCCCAUUCCCUGUCCAUCUUGACCACAUACCUGCACGCAUCCGCACAAAAUGCCCAUCGAAAUACAGGGCAUCAAAUCCAACGAUGUCCAUGCGAAAAUCAAGUUGUUGAUUGAUGGCAUGGUCAACAUCAAAGACAAGACCGGCGAGUUCCUCCUAAAGCUUGAUGACGGCCGAGUAAUCGACACAAAGGGAUGGAAUGACUGGGAGUGGACCCAUGGUGUCGGCCUGUACGGUAUAUGGCAGUAUUACGAGCUCACGGGCGACGAGAACUGCCUCGAAAUCAUUGAGGCAUGGUUCGCCAACCGGUUUGCUGCUGGCGGGACCACCAAGAAUAUCAACACCAUGGCUGUGUUCUUGACCUUGGCAUACGUAUACGAGAAGACGAAGAACCCGACAUAUCUGCCGUGGCUAGACAGCUGGGCCGAGUGGGCAUACCGGGAUCUUGACCGGACCAAGUUCGGCGGAAUGCAGCAUGUCACAUAUGUCAGCCUGCACGACGAGCAGCUGUGGGAUGACACGCUGAUGAUGACUGUCCUCCCGUUGGCCAAGAUUGGACUGGUGCUGAAUAGGCCGCACUACGUUGAGGAGGCUAAGAAACAAUUCAUACUCCACUGCCAGUACCUAUUCGACACCAAGUCGGGUCUCUUCUUCCACGGCUGGGAGUUCUAUAAGGACGGCAGCAAUCAAGGGAAGCUGGGGCACAACUUCGCAGAGGCCAGGUGGGCCAGGGGCAACAGCUGGCUGACCAUAGUGAUCCCGGAGUUCAUUGAGCUGUUGAAUCUUGAUGUCGCGACGGAUCCUGUUGGAUCGCACCUCAGGGACGUCCUCGAGGCGCAAUGCUCCGCACUCACGUCACUGCAAGCCCCAUCGGGUCUCUGGAGGACGCUGCUAGAUGUUCCAGAAGAGGAAGGCUCCUAUCCAGAGGCAAGCGCAACAGCCGGGUUCGCAUUUGGCAUUCUCAAGUCAAGACGCAAGCGAUAUCUAGACCCGUCCACACCCGUCUCCGCCCCUGAAGCAGAUGAUUGCCGGAAGUUGAAGGGCGCCAGAGUGGGGGGAUAUGAUGAGGUCGCAGUGAAAGCCAUCAAGGCGGUCAUUGACAAUGUGGACGAGAAAGGAGAAUUACUCAACACGUCAUUUGGAACUGCUAUGGGAGACACGUUGCAGCACUACAAGGACAUACCUAUCACAAGUAUGCCGUAUGGUCAGGCUAUGGCAAUCAUGGCUCUUGUCGAAUUUUUGAGAGUGUACAUCUAGUCUACAAAUGGAUUUACGAAUCAUGAUCCAGUGUCCGGUGUGUCCGUAUGUUUUCACGAGGCAGCACUGCUAAGCUCCAGAACCCCCCUGCUUAUUGUGAUCUCGAGCUAGCCAAAAUUGGACACCUAGGUAAUGAUGGGGGAUGCUCGAAUCUCCAAGGUUGCGACCUUCCUCGCCAGGGCCUCGAGUACUGAUGGGCCCAAGCCUGGCUUGAUAUCGUACCAGGAAUCCACGAUGCCCAAGUAACCAUCGAAGGAGACUCUUUCCCAGUUGAGAUUACAAAAUGAAAAAUCAAAAACAAAAUCCCAGACUUGUGAUGCAAAAUAAACGCUAGUCACAUAUGUGGCGCAACGCAGUGCACACUAGUAGAUUCGCAGUGCUCAGUAUCUCUGUGCCUCACGUUGUCAGACUCGCCAAUACUGACAAAUCAGGCGUUGCCUCUUCACUGCGGCCGGCUGCACAGGAUCAAGCCCACAUGUACUAAGCUUGAGGCUAAAUGAAAUGAACAAAUGGCCUAGAGAGGCAGCGUAAGAAUACUCAACCAGGUGAGCAGCGAACGGCCGGCCGGCUGACUCAGGGCCAAUCUUGCGCAAGCCUCAUUGACUGUCGCGGCGGGAUUGUGACAAGAGGCGGUCAUCACGCCCGGUGCUUUCACCAAACCUGAACUCCUACCCCGCUGGCCACGCGACACUCUUUUGUGUUGACAAGAGUAAUGGGCGAUGACAUGACCAGCUCAAGUGACGUGACGUGGAAAUCGUGCUUGGUGAUUCGACUGGACAGCAAUGUGGGGAAAAGGUAACGUAGUAAUCGGACCAACUAGAGUGUGGUCAUGUGGGCAGGCAACGACGAAAAGGAGGCGGUCCGACUAAUAAUCUUUGCCGACUCAAUGGUCUUUUUUCUGUAGUUCCCUUGAUUUCCAGGCUAGCCCAAUAUCCCUUUUGGCCGUUACUGUGCGUCCGGUUCAGGCUAUAGUACCUCACAAUAUCAUUGUGGGGGGCCGACUAUGUGCCCGAUAAUGGUGCGAGGAUUGGUUCCAGAUGUUUCCAAGGUUUCUGAGCUGUCUGUGGCUGUAGGCUGAGUUCUAGAAGUCCGGUCACAUUGCGGGCCCUGGUGUUGAUGUUCAAUGUUGGGUCUGGCAAAGGUGCCCGCCCUCUGUGGACCAAGCUGCCUGGAUCGGCUUCGAGCCCAGAGCCCAGCUACUAGUAUAUGUCCACGCCGCUUC